AUGUUCCACCACUGGAGCAUUGGUGGAGCAGAGCACCGCCAAGCCCAGAUGCUCUACAGGCUUUUCCACUUGCGUGCCAGUAUCACGCACCAAGACAUGCGCAACUUUUACGAGCUUGAAAAAUAUCCGGAUUUUUUGCUCCAGCCUGUGGACAACCCUGCUGCAACCGACACCUUCUUCUGGUGGUUCCGAACCCGAUCUGCGAUCUUCGCAGACACGAGCUGGACUCUGAUGCUGGUGUCUCCUGUGCUGUAUCUGGGCUUCGUGAUCGUGGUCGUCAUAGUGGUCGGCACCCUUGUGCUGGAGGCUACAGGUGGCAUAGCAUUCCCUACCAUCGCCUACGCAGUGAUCGACGGAAUAUUCUUCGGGACCUUCAUGCUCGGCUUCAUGGUGUACGGGUCACACGUCAAUGACGCGCUGUCGUUGGCAGCCCCUGUGAUUGGUCAGCUGCCCGAAGUUCAAAACCUUGCAGUUCAAGAUCUGCUUAGCUUUGAAUCGAUCCAUGGGAUGCAGCUGACCUUCCUGGGAAUUCCCGUUGGGACGCGAUUGGUGAUGUCCUACCUCACGGGGCUGCUCUCCUACGGGAUUGCUAUCCUCAUUGCAGUUAUCAAGUCGCUCUUCGUGCCGUGGAUCUUCAAUUACGAGCCCCAGCAAUAG